AUGGCUUCCUGUGGGUCAGCAACCCUCCUCCUGCCUCCGGUCAAGAGUGUGAUGGUCUACAGGAACGGGGACCCCUUCUACUCCGGCAGGAGGUUUGUAGUCAACCAUCGACAGGUGUCCACCAUGGAGGCGUUUCUCAAUGACGUGACCCACUGCAUUCAGGCGCCGCUGGCCGUGAGGACCCUGUACACCCCCCGGCAGGGUCACCGGGUCAGGGAGCUGCAUGACCUCCAGACCGGGGCCCAGUACGUGGCCGCAGGCUUCGAGAGGUUCAAGAAGCUUGAUUAUUUGAACACAGGGCUGAAGAAGCAGCCUGUACCCAUGGGAGAAGGAGCUCGGGCAAGAUUACUUCACAGACCGAAUGUGUCAGCAAAAUGGAGAAAGUAUAUUCCACUACCCUGUAUCAUACAUGUUUUCCGCAACGAAGAUCUUCGCUGCUCGCCAUUCCGUUUCAUAAUUCCCAGGACCUGGCAGCACGACCUGGAUCAGAUCCUCGGUCUAGUCACAGAGAAGGCCAGUUUACGCACUGGAGCAGUGCGCAGGUUGUGCACUCUAGAGGGUGUAACUGUGUCCAGUGCAGACGAGCUGGUGAGUGGCCAGUUCUACGUGGCAGUGGGAGCAGAGAGGUUCAAGAAGCUUCCCUACGUGGAGCUGUUGGUUCCUAAAGCCUCUGAGAGAAAUUACCCUGGAAAUAGAAGGCUGUCAAGGAGAUAUAAGGGCAGGAAGGCAGCCAGUGGCCCUGAGGACAGCUUCAGUGACUCUGCUCUCCUGGACUCUCCAGAGUCGGAUGGGCGGAGGGUGAAGUCCACUGGGGAUGAGGUGGGGGAGACGGCUCUCCCAUCCAUCCAGAGGAGGCCAGUGAAGGAGGAGAGCUCUAUCUUCUACGCCAAACCAGUGAAAGUCCGAGUGAGGAACAGAGGCCAUCCCAGGCCUCCACCAAGGACUGGACCAGCCCAGGCCAGUGUGUUCAGAGCUGUACGGAGGAAGAGAGAGGAGGUGCAGGGGGCUGAGGAGGUGCUGGAGGAUGAGAACACAGUAGUAGAUGUUCCCGUUGACCAGAGAGUGGCAGAGACAGUAGAAGACGAGGACCUUAUUGGGAGAAAUCCUCCUCAUUCCAACAGCCAAGAUCAGGUGUGUAUCUAUUUUGACCAAGGCUACAAAAGAUCCCCUUCCUCACCCAGAACACCCAGACAAGGAGCCGAAGACGGAGCCAAAGCCAACCACUCCACACUCAAGGGCUUCUUCGUCAUCGACAUCCUCCGCAUCUCAAAGUUCUCCGAAAAGCGGGGGCUCAGUGAUGGGGCUCACUAUGCAGAGAGUGAUGCCUACCAUGGUGAGGACCAUUCCUCCAACAGCUCCUGCAUCAACAAACAAACACACACUCACGGCAUGUGA